UAAUCCUUCUAAAAUUUGUUCUUGUACGUAGCUUCAUAAUCUAUAAGAAUCUCAAAAGCCUAGGGUUCUCAGAACUUCACGAGCCAGACCGCCAUGGACACUAUCAAUGGUGGUGCAGAAAGCCAGCCUCCCACUUCUUUUCCGGAGAAAGAUGAGGAAGAGGCUGUGAGAUGGGGUGCUUUAGAGAAGCUGCCAACAUAUGAUAGACUAAGAACCAGUAUACUGAAGAGUGUGGUGGAGGGGGAGAGUGAAGAGAAAAGUGGUAGGGUGGUCUACAAGGAGGUUGAUGUUGGAAAGCUUGAUGAGAGUGACAGAGAGAACUUCAUUCACAGGAAUUUUAAGGUUGCUGAUGAUGAUAAUGAGAAGUUCCUGCAGAGACUCAGAAAUCGUUUUGAUAGGGUUGGUGUGGAACUCCCAAAAGUUGAAGUUAGAAUCGAGAGGCUAAGGGUGGAAGUUGACUGCUACGUUGGAACAAGAGCUCUUCCAACUUUAACAAACACUGCUCGUAACAUGCUUGAAUCAGCUCUUGGUCUGUUUGGAAUCAUUCUGGCCAAGAGAACCAACCACACUAUUCUCAGAGACAUCUCUGCAAUCAUAAAGCCAUCCAGGAUGACUCUUUUGUUAGGGCCCCCAUCGUCCGGCAAAACAACCCUUCUGUUGGCGCUGGCCGGAAUGUUGGAUCAAAGCUUAAAGGUCAAAGGAGAAAUCACUUACAAUGGGUGCAAUUUCAAUGAAUUCGUGCCACAAAAGACGUCUGCAUACAUUAGCCAAAAUAAUGUUCAUCUUGGAGAGCUUACCGUUAAAGAAACUUUAGAUUAUUCAGCAAGAUUUCAGGGCAUUGGUUCUCGACGAGAACUCUUGACUGAGCUUGUGAAGAAAGAAGAGGAGAUUGGAAUAUUUACCGACACAAACGUGGAUCUUUUCUUGAAGGCAUGUGCAAUGGAAGGAGAUGAAAGCAGUAUCAUUACGGACUACAUUCUCAAGAUAUUAGGGCUGGAUGUAUGUAAGGACACGCUGGUUGGAAAUGAGAUGAUGCGGGGAAUUUCUGGUGGACAAAAGAAGAGAGUAACAUCAGGGGAGAUGAUAGUGGGACCGGCGAAGUUUCUGUUGAUGGACGAGAUAUCGACGGGCCUGGACAGCUCCACGACUCUGCAGAUAGUGAGAUGCAUGCAGCAGAUCGCACACUUCACUCACUCUACUGUAUUUAUGUCUCUGCUACAGCCUGAUCCUGAGACGUUCAAUCUCUUUGAUGAUGUUAUUCUCCUAUCGGAGGGUCAGAUUGUGUACCAGGGCCCAAGGGAGCACGUACUCCACUUCUUCCAGAAUUGUGGGUUCCAGUGCCCUGAGAGAAAGGGCACUGCGGACUUCUUGCAAGAGGUUACCUCAAAGAAGGAUCAAGAGCAGUACUGGGCAGAUUCCACCGAGCCCUACCGAUACGUAUCAGUCACCGAAUUCGCCACCCUGUUCAAGGCCUUCCAUGUCGGGCUGCAGCUGGAGGACGACCUCAAGCUCCCCUAUGACAAGAGCCAAUGUCACAAAUCAGCCCUUGUCUUCAAAAAAUGCACUAUCCCAAAAAUGCAGCUUCUCAAAACAUCCUUUGAUAAGGAGUGGCUUCUGCUAAAGAGAACCUCAUUUGUGUAUAUCUUCAAGGGCAUUCAGCUCAUCAUCGUUGCCUUCAUCGUUUCAACAGUCUUCCUCAGAACCACACUUGAUGUCUCAUACGAUGAUGGUCCACUCUAUAUAGGUGCAAUCAUAUUUUCCAUCAUCAUCAACAUGUUCAAUGGUUUUGCCGAGCUUUCCCUCACCAUCGCGAGGCUCCCCGUGUUUUACAAGCAUAGAGACCUUCUUUUCUACCCUGCAUGGGCUUUCACCCUCCCGAGUUGUCUUCUCCGAAUCCCCAUAUCGGUCGUGGAGUCUGUAAUUUGGACAGUCAUAGUGUAUUACACCAUAGGAUAUGCUCCUGAGACUAGCAGGUUUUUCAAGCAGAUGCUGAUGAUAUUUCUGAUUCAGCAAAUGGCUUCUGGGGUAUUUAGACUCAUAGGGGGAGUGUGCAGGAGUAUGAUUGUUGCCCACACUGGUGGAGCGCUUGUUCUUUUCAUUGUUUUCUUGCUUAGCGGUUUUAUCCUUCCUCUAGAUGAAAUUCCUAAAUGGUGGAACUGGGGGCACUGGAUUUCACCCCUAUCUUAUGGUUUCAAGGCCAUGACUAUCAAUGAAAUGCUUUCUCCAAGGUGGAUGAACAAACUGGGGCCGGACAAUUCUACUCUGCUGGGUGUAGCAGUUCUAGACAAUGUGGAUGUGGAAUCAGAGAGCUACUGGUACUGGAUUGGAGCUGCUUGUCUUUUGGGGUUCACCAUUCUCUUCAACAUUCUCUUCACCUUCUCGCUUAUGUACCUGAAUCCUCUUGGGAAGCCACAGGCUAUAAUAUCUGAAGAAGCUGCAAAAGAACAGGAACCCAACCAGGGAGACCAAACAACAAUGUCAAAGAGACAUUCUUCAUCCAAUACAAGAGAAUUGGAGAAGCAGCAAGUGAGUAGCCAACACAGUCCUAAGAAAACGGGCAUUAAGAGAGGAAUGAUUCUUCCAUUUUUACCUCUAUCCAUGUCCUUUGACAAUGUAAAUUACUAUGUGGACAUGCCCAAGGAAAUGAAGAGCCAAGGAGUGACAGAGCACAGGCUGCAGUUGCUUCGGGAAGUGACAGGAACAUUCAGGCCAGGAGUCCUUACUGCACUGAUGGGAGUUAGUGGAGCUGGAAAGACAACGCUGAUGGAUGUUCUAGCAGGAAGAAAAACCGGGGGUUACAUUGAAGGGGACAUUAGAAUAUCUGGGUUCCCCAAGAAACAAGAAACUUUUGCAAGAAUUUCCAGUUACUGUGAGCAGAAUGAUAUCCACUCUCCCCAAGUCACUGUUAUUGAAUCUUUGAUCUACUCAGCUUUCCUAAGGCUCCCUAAAGAAGUUCCUGACAAAGAAAAGAUGAUUUUUGUGAAUGAAGUGAUGGAGCUAGUCGAGCUCAGCAGCAUAAAAUAUGCACUAGUGGGGCUUCCAGGAGUCACAGGUUUAUCAACAGAACAGAGGAAGAGGCUGACAAUAGCUGUGGAACUUGUUGCUAAUCCUUCAAUCAUCUUUAUGGAUGAACCAACCUCUGGCCUUGAUGCAAGGGCAGCAGCUAUUGUGAUGAGGACGGUGAGGAACACAGUGGACACUGGAAGAACUGUUGUCUGCACAAUCCAUCAGCCCAGUAUCGAUAUCUUUGAAGCCUUUGAUGAGCUGCUACUAAUGAAGACAGGAGGAGAGCUUAUCUACUCAGGACCAUUGGGUCAGAAUUCUCAUAAGAUUAUCGAAUAUUUUGAGGCAAUUCCCGGUGUCCUGAAAAUCAAGGAAAAAUACAAUCCAGCGGCAUGGAUGCUGGAAGUGAGCUCAGCCUCAGCUGAAGUCCAACUUGGAAUCAAUUUUGCAGACUACUUAAUAAAAUCGCCCCAAUAUCAAGAGAACAAAGCCCUAGUAAAGGAGUUGAGCAAGCCACCAGAGGGAGCAGAGGACCUCUACUUUCCCACACAGUACUCUCAGUCUACAUGGGGGCAGUUCAAAUCCUGCCUCUGGAAGCAAUGGUGGACCUACUGGAGAAGUCCUGAGUACAAUCUUGUUCGCUACUUCUUCAGCUUUGCAGCUGCUCUUGUGGUUGGCACCAUCUUCUGGCAUGUUGGCACUAAAAGGGAGAAUGCAACUGACCUAACAAUGGUCAUUGGAGCAAUGUACAUGUCUGUCAUGUUUGUCGGAGUAAACAACUGCAUGACAGUACAGCCAAUUGUAGCCAUUGAACGAACCGUGUUCUAUCGAGAAAGAGCAGCUGGAAUGUACCAUGCUUUCCCAUAUGCCAUUGCACAGGUGGUAGCUGAAAUACCAUAUGUUUUCGUUCAAGCCACAUACUAUUCAGUCAUAGUGUAUGCCCUGGCAUGCUUCCAAUGGACACUGGCAAAGUUCUUCUGGUUCCUCUUCAUCACCUUCUUCUCCUUCCUCUACUUCACAUACUAUGGAAUGAUGACAGUUUCCAUCACAGCAAAUCAUGAAGAAGCAGCCAUAGUAGCUUCAGCUUUUGUUUCACUCUUCACCCUCUUCUCAGGCUUCUUCAUCCCCAGACCUAGAAUUCCCAAGUGGUGGGUAUGGUACUAUUGGAUAUGCCCAGUGGCGUGGACAGUAUACGGAUUGAUUGUGUCACAGUAUGGGGACAUGGAGGAGACCAUCAACGUGGCUGGGAUUGAGCCAAGCCCAAGCAUCAAAUGGUAUGUGGAAAGCCACUUUGGGUAUGAUCUGGAUUUCAUGGGGGCAGUUGCUGGCAUUUUGGUAGGCUUUGCUGUCUUCUUUGCCUUCUUGUUUGGGGUCUGCAUCCAGAAAUUGAACUUCCAACGGAGGUAGCUGAAGAUCUAUAAAUACAGGGAUGACUGAUUUUUGUAAAUAUUUUGAGAGAAAAUUAAUGCAUUAAGGUAUCAUAGUCAUAAUUUCUUAUUUGUAUAGGAGUAGAGUUUUUUUUUAAUUU